AUGAGGCAAUGGUUACACACACAUAUGAGGCAAUGGUUAGACACACAUAUGAGGCAAUGGUUAGACACACAUAUGAGGCAAUGGUUACACACACAUAUGAGGCAAUGGUUAGACACACAUAUGAGGCAAUGGUUACACACACAUAUGAGGCAAUGGUUACACACACAUAUGAGGCAAUGGUUACACACACAUAUGAGGCAAUGGUUACACACACAUAUGAGGCAAUGGUUAGACACACACACAUAUGAGGCAAUGGUUAGACACACAUAUGAGGCAAUGGUUACACACAUAUGA